AUGACCAAUCAUUACGAAAAGAUUCCCAACUCAAAGUUCAAACCGAACUUCUUUUCUCGCAUUUUCUUUUGUUGGUUGAAUGGCCUUUUCCUUCGUGGAUACAGAAGACCUCUAACAAGUGAAGAUCUUUUUCCCCUUCCCGAUGAAAACAAGGCACAAGGUUUGGUAACUGACUUGCACGAGUUAUGGAACAUAGAGGUCAUGUAUGCGCAAAAGCGUGGAAAGAAUCCUCGGCUGUGGAAAGCAAUAUGGAAGCUCUUCCCCAUGCAUAAUUAUCUAUUAAUUAUCAUUUUGAGACUAACAGAAGACUUGAUGACUUUUACUCAGACCUUUUUGAUAUGGUAUUACCUGAAGCUGCUUAAAGGCAACRUGAUGAGUUCGACACAUGCGUGGCUAGUAGUGACUGGUAUUGCUGCAACGACUUUUUUCAAAAUCUUAAGCUAUCAUCACUUUGGUAUUCAGACGCUGGCGAUGGGAAUGAGACUUAAGAUUGCCGUUGUUGGCGUGGUCAACAAAAAGAUUGGCGAGUCAAAAAGAAGCAUCCUAUCCUCGUUCACGUCAGGUUACAUCUUGAAUCUGGUUUCAAACGACGCACAACGAAUGGAGCAAUUUGUGAUGGCAUUUCCAAAGUUAUUGUCCCUGCUCUGGUUCUUGUCUUUAAUCGCCGUGUCUAUGGUCUUUCUGGUUGGUUGGCAAUCAUUAUAUGGUAUGCUGGUAAUAAUCUUGAUCCUGGUAUUGGUCUUGUAUCUUUCGUAUGUCUUCGCUAAUCUUAGACGCAUUCAAAGUGGUAAAACAGACAAGCGACUGGGAGCAAUUAGUGAGAUUAUAUCUGGGAUAAGAGCCUUGAAGAUGUACGCAUGGGAAUGGAACUACAAAAACGAAGUUCAAAAGUUAAGACGGGACGAGGUAAAUACGCUUCAAUUAAAAGCCUUUGUGUUGUCAAUGGUGAACUUCACACAGUUCACAGUCAAAUACUGGGCAACACUUGUAUCUUUGAUCGCUCUUUUCUACUCUGGUAUCCACCUCGAUACAUCUGAGAUCUUUACACUCACCAUACUCCUAGCUAUUGGAGRCCAGAGUCUAGAAGCAAGGAUAGGAUCAAGUGCAAGGAACUUUCGAGAUGGGAUCAUUUCCCUAAUCAGGCUAGAAAAGUUCUUGGGUACAUCUUGUGGACCUAGAACAGCUGGUCUUGGCAAUGAAGUUCAUGUUUCUCAUCACCAAGCUAAAAACUUAGUACACAGCAAAAUGCUUGCAAAAGGAUCAAGAAUAUUCGACGACGUCCCUGGUAUUACCCUUACAGAGGUUUCUGCUGCCUGGAACGUUGACCAGCAAUGUGUUUUACAUAAUGUAUCUCUGAGUGUGGAAUCCAACCAACUAAUGAUCAUCACCGGUCCAGUUGGCAGUGGAAAGACUUCCUUACUUAUGGCAAUCCUCGGAGAAAUUCCUAAAAUAAGCGGAGAAAUACAAACAAGGGGGCGUAUAGCUUACGUAAGUCAAAUCCCAUGGAUCUUUUCUGGCACCAUUCGCGAGAACGUCUUAUUUGGUCAACAUUUUGAUGAAGCUCGGUUCAACAGGAUUCUAGAGAUCUGUGACUUGCAGAAAGACAUCAAAUCCUUUCCUGAGGGGGACUUGACAAUCAUUGGUCAAAGAGGUGUUGGACUCAGUGGUGGCCAGCGGGCAAGAGUCAGCUUGGCACGCGCAGUUUAUUCAGAUGCCGACGUCUUCUUAUUAGAUGAUCCACUGAGUGCCGUUGAUGUCCGCGUUGGCCAGCAUAUCUUUGACAGGUGUAUAUGUGGAGAGCUAUCAGAUCGAGUACGAAUCUUGGUCACGCAUCAAACACAACAUCUAGAGCGAGCAGACAAGAUUUUGUUCAUAGCUGAAGGUUUUAUUCAACAAGAAAGUUACCCUGCUUUAAACAAUAAUAUACUUCUAAAGAACCAAUAUGAGCAGCUACUUCGAUCUACUGGAAAUUUCGACGUUGGCCAAGAGAAAUUCAUCGACUCUGUUCAAAGAGAUAUGACUGAAGACACGGGCGAUCAAGAUUUGAGAGAAUCCGAUGAAGAAAAGGCAAGUGGUACCGUGUCAUGGAGGCUGUACUGGGAAUUCCUCAGGGUUGGUUUACCGGCUGUGCUUAUAGGAUGCCUAGUGUUAUUCUGUAUAGUAGUACAAGCGUCAUUGCUCAUUCCAAGUUGGUGGUUGUCACGGAUAGCUGACAUGCCUUUUGAGGAGCAAAAAAAUCCACAGACGUUGGGGAUCUUCGGCGGUUUAACAGCCUUUGCAUUCGUCUUAUCAUUGGCCCGAGAUAUUUUCAUUUUUUUCGCUAUUUUGAGAUCGACGAGGAAGCUUCACGACAAGAUGACACUGGCUGUUAUCAAGUCUCCUGUUCUGUUCUUCGAUACCAAUCCCGCUGGACGAAUAAUGAACCGUUUUUCCAAUGACAUCGGGAAUAUGGACGAUCAACUGCCAUUGCGGUUUGCUCUUGCAGUCGCAUUUACCACAGAUAUCAUCGGGGUUUUUAUCCUUGCUGUCGUGGUAAAUCCGUGGAUUGCAUUAUCAGUGUUACCUAUUCUAAUGGUUUUUUACCUCAUUACGACAAUCUAUAUCAAAAGUGCACGUGAGCUUAAGAGGAUGGAGGCGAUGCGGUGCAGCCCUGUGUAUGCACACGUGGUUGAGACAAUCACUGGAUUGGAGGUCAUCCGUACAUCAGGCAGAGAAGAGGACUUUGUAGACAAGUUGUUCAGUAUUCAAGAUGAUUAUACCAAGGCAUUCUUCCUGGUUACAUCAAGCGUUCGAUGGUAUGGUUUAAACCUGGAUUUGCUGUGUGGUGUUUUUAACGUAGCGGUAGCUAUUGCAGGAGUUACUGUCAUACAAGACCCUGCUCUUGCAGGAAUGCUGUUAUCCUUAGCGAUGGGCCUUCUGAGCGACACCCAAUAUGGAAUGCGCAUGGCAUGUGAAGUGGAAAGCCAAAUGACGUCAGUCGAAAGAGUGAUGGCGUAUUCAAAGUUACCUUCCGAACCAGGCUACGGGAGACAAAAGAAACCGCCAAAGGACUGGCCAAGGCAAGGCGGUUUGAGUCUAAGAGACGUGUCCAUGGUGUAUUUAGAAGGUGGACCUUGCGCUUUGAAAAGUAUUAAUAUCGAUGUUUUGCCGAAAGAGAAGGUCGGUAUUGCAGGUCGUACUGGGGCAGGGAAAUCCUCGAUGGUUGCGUCGCUCUUCCGUAUGCCGGAACCUCAAGGUCAAGUCCUUAUUGACGGUGUUGAUCUUGGCACCAUCGAUAUCCAGACUGCCCGUAGAUCCAUGGCUGUCAUCACACAGGACCCUGUGCUGUUCGCUGGCAGCAUAAAGAAGAACCUAGACCCUUUUGACCAUUUCACAGAACAGGAAAUUUGGACUGCUCUUGAAGAAGUACAGCUAAAAACCAAAAUUCGCAACCUUGUGGGGAAAAUUGAUUUCUGUGUAGGGGAGGGAGGGGCAGGUUUUAGUGUAGGUGAACGACAACUGCUGUGUCUUGCUCGAGCAUUAUUACAGAAGAGUAAGAUUCUUGUGUUGGAUGAAGCAACAGCCAACGUGGACUACCAGACAGAUCAACUCAUUCAGCAAGUAAUCAGACAAAGGUUUGAUAACUGUACUGUAUUGACCAUAGCUCAUCGAGUGAACACCAUCAUGGACUAUGACAAGGUAAUGGUUCUUGACAAGGGUCACGUGGUAGAGUACGGCAAUCCCAGAAGUCUAGCUGGGAAAGAAAACGGUUUCUUUGCGCGCCUCGUUAACUCGGGAAUGUGAAUUAUUAAUCUAAUGUGAGCAUAGAGGGUUUGCACCAUCA